AUGUUGUAUUGCAUUGCUGUUUCUUUUGUAUGUCUUACUACCUUAGCAGUUCAUGCUGAGGAGUUUCUUCCAGUUCAUGGUAAACGAGCGUCUGAUAUUUGUUAUGGUGAAUAUGGAUGCUUUACUACGGCAAAACCAUUCGGUAAAAAUAAUUGUUGUUAUUAUGUAUUAAUAAAGUAUAUUGAUUUAAAACUAGGUGGUACAUUACAACGACCAUUCUCCCUUUUGCCUGAUCGACCUGAUGUGAUCAGAGCUACAUUCUAUUUGUAUACAAGAGAUUCGCGUAAAACUCGUACUGAAAUUAGUCGUUACACAAAUCUUGGUUCAUGGAGUGCAAACAAGCCAACCAAAGUUUGCAUUCAUGGCUUCGUAGAUAGUAUGAAUACACCAUGGUGGAUAGAUAUGAAAAAUGCUUUGCUCGACGCGGAAGAUGUUAAUGUGAUUUUGGUUGAUUGGUCCAAUGGUAAUGGAUUUCCAUAUACAAAAGCGACAGCAAACACUCAAGUAGUUGGUGCUGAAAUUGCUUUACUUAUCAACUAUAUGAUCGAGGACCACGGCGCUAAAGCUGCAGAUUUUCAUGUUAUUGGUCAUUCACUUGGUAGUCACGUUUCAGGAUAUGUUGGAAAACGAGUUGCUGGACUUGGCAGAAUAUCGGGGUUGGAUCCUGCUGGUCCUUAUUUUGAAAAUACUGAUCCAGUAGUUCGUCUAGAUCCUACUGAUGCUUUAUUUGUUGAUGUUAUUCAUACUGAUGGUGCUCAUAAUCUUCUUCUUGGACUUGGUACUCUUCAACGAAUGGGUCAUGCUGACUUUUAUCCUAAUGGUGGUUAUGAUCAACCUAGUUGUUCAAAGACAUCAGGCAAAAUAUUAAAUCUUAUUCUUCAACUCGGAACAAUGAAUGUUGAUGGCUUUUUGGUAACAUCAUUAUGUAGCCAUUUGUCUGCUGUAUAUUUUUUUACUGAUUCAGUUCGUAACCAAUGUCCAUAUGUAGGCUAUUCAUGUAGUAACUUUGAUGAUUUUAUUGCGGGUAAAUGUUCAUUGNUUUCUUGA